UAUCUCACCGCUUAACCUUCUCAAUCAUUCUCAGAAGUCUGAAACCAAUCGCUGAAUCUUCUGGGGUUGAGAUUCCAUUCCAUUGCUGAGCGCGCGAUAACUACCUGAGCUCUAAAGCCACACGAUGCCCACAGACUUCAAGUCUCUUCCUGUGAUUGAUGUUAGUCCUCUACUGGCCAAGUGUGAUGAUCCAAACUUGGCUCAAGACCCAGGCGUUUGCGAAGUUGUUAAGCAGUUAGAUCAGGCUUGUAGAGAGACCGGGUUCUUCUAUGCGAAAUGCCAUGGUAUACCUGAUUCUCUCAUCAAAGAGGUCAAAAUUGCGGCACACAAUUUUUUCCAUCUUCCUUAUGAAGAAAAACUCAAAAUCAAAAUGACUACUGCAAGUGGAUACAGGGGAUAUCAGAGACUUGGAGAGAAUAUAACCAAAGGCAUCCCAGAUAUGCAUGAAGCUAUUGAUUGUUAUAGAGAAAUAAAUGGAGGGAUGUAUGGAAAUACUGGCAAAGUCAUGGAAGGAUGUAACCAAUGGCCACUCGAUCCUCCGAACUUCAAAUUGCUAAUGGAAGAGUACAUUAGGCUUUGCACAGACCUUUCAAGAAAAAUAAUGAGGGGAAUUGCUCUUGCACUGGGUGCAUCACCAUAUGCAUUUGAAGGAGAAAUAGCUGGAGAUGCAUUUUGGGUAAAUCGUAUUAUUGGAUACCCUGGUAUAUCAACUGCAAAUGGCACAUACAUGCCAGAAAAUGACAUUGGAUGUGGUGCUCACACCGACUAUGGUUUGUUGACACUAGUUAAUCAGGAUGAUGGUAUAACUGCACUUCAGGUGAGAAACAAGUCUGGUGAGUGGAUAUCAGCUGCUCCUAUUCCUGGAACGUUUGUUUGUAAUAUCGGUGACAUGCUAAAGAUUUUGUCCAAUGGUUUGUAUGCGUCGACUCUCCAUCGAGUUGUCAACAACUCUCCAAAAUACCGUGUCUGCAUAGCUUUUUUUUAUGAGACUAACUUCGAUGCGGCAGUUGAACCCCUGGAUGUUUGUAAACAAAGGACUGGUGGAGUCAAGAAUUUUGACAAAGCUGUUGUUUAUGGGGAGCAUUUAACCAGCAAAGUUCAAACUAAUUUCGUGAUGUAAAAUUUAAGUCAACCUUGUGCAUUCAUCUCGCGUUGCAUUAAUAAAGUUUUUCCAAGGAAUAUGGAAAUUAGUUGCUUGUAUUCCUUCAAAUGAAUCUGUUUGCAAAUACCAGUCAGCCACCUCAGCUUGUAAUUUUCCUGACCGAAAUUGCUUGCUCGAUUAUAUUCCACAUCUGCUGAAAGAAUUUGUUGUGAACAA